AUGGAAUCAAGCAGCGAUAAAGACUGGAAAUCAAAAUUGGGAUUCCCUAUAAAUUACAAUUCCAGUCCGAGUUCGGAAGAUGAUUUCGACACUAAUGAUGUAGUGAUGAGACACCCUCGCCAGUCCUCCCGUUACCUCCUCGAGGAGUGUGGAGAUGGUUCUGAAGCUGAUCUAUUGGGAACGACGCCUCCCCGCUCCAGGAUACGCGACAAGGAAAAAAGAAGAAACAUGAUUGAUUCGGGUCUCAGCUAUCAGCGGAUGGUUAGUGAAGGGAAAAGAGUAGACGACGUCGCCGGAACACAGCCUACGCCCCCUGAACGAUUAAAAAAACGUGCGAGUCUCAAAUUGAUUCGCUCGAAGGAAAGAGAUUGGAAGCAGAAAGCUGACUCCCUACCUUCGCCCUCGCCUUGUGCCACGGCCGUUCCUACAUUGGUGGAGUCCUGCACGCACUUCAUGUCCUUGUCGUCGCGCCUCAAGAGCCGUCCCGCCGAGGAGGCGCAGGCCCGCUGCGACGAGGAGCUGCCGGCCAGCCGGGUCAACUUCCACGACACUUUCAGCAUGCUGAUCAACAUGGGCAACAUCGAAAAGGGGUGCAAGCGGACCAUAAGCCACGAAGAACAAGUGUGGCAGAACGAGCUGAAAGACUUGAUCUGGCUAGAACUGCAGGCGAAGAUCACCGGACGAACUUUAGAACUGCAGGACGCGUUCCUAUGCUCCCAGAGGAAUAUCGUUCCCAAUAUCAUUGAGAGGAUCUUGGAAUACAAAUUCGUUAGCUCUAAGCCAGUCUGCCGAACGGGCACCAGGCUCCAGCCCACCAAGGAAUGCUCUAAUGAAGAUCUGUCCAUUGAAUAUAACGAUGGCCACAUGAAUACUCACGAUGAUAUCCACAUACAGCUCGGUUGCCUCAGCAUAGAGUGCAUGGUGUGUUCGGACGCCAUCGGUGAAGCCAUGCGAGAGGUGGCCUCCAUACUGGACGCUUACGAUAGCGCGUUGACCCUGUACCCUUCGAGUAACGCCGCGAGACUUGACCACCCGGCGUUGGCGUCUCCCAUGCUGAUGGACAGGCUGCGGGCAAUGUGUUUGUGGUACAACACGGCCUUGCAUAUGCGGUUGAAACUACUUUCCGUGCGGCGCAUGCUACGCACGGUGCGGAUGAAGAUUCGCCGACGAGACAUGCAGAACAACACGUCUAUGGACACGUCUAGUAGUAGGAAAUCAUCGGACGCCCAUCGACCCUCGCAAGUGCGUUUCAAUCUCAAUUCGAACACAAGUGACUCGAACAGCAGCGACGCAAGCGCCCACUCCGACAACGCCAAUGAAAAGAAGGACUGCGGCUCGCAGGAACAAGUAAAGCAGCAAGGGAAUGCAAAUGAAAGCGAAUCCCUCGGAUGCGGAGUGAGAGGAGACACAGUGGACAGCGGUUAUAGUAGAUCUGAUGGAACGAGUGCCGCCACCCCCGAGAUAGUAGUUUCGGAGAUAUACAACACGAACGACACGAGCACGUCCACCGAGAGCGGGUAUUGGUCAAUGGGUGAACCGGAGUGCGUACGCGCAGACGCCCACGACAUUGGACCAUUGUACGACCUGACGCAAAUGCGUCUUCUGGACCGGCAGCAGGUCUCUGUCUAUCGUGAUUACCACUACGACAUGUUGAAGACGGCGGGUGUACGGCGCUGCAUGAUGUUUAUGAACAAGAUCUGGAGCAACCUGCUGCACAAAGUAUAUCACACGCUGCAGGAGCCGCAGACCGAUCACACUUUCACCGAUGAAGAACCUGACAUGGAACAAACCAAAGAUAGUGAGAAGGGGCCAAGUGCGAAAAAUAUCUAUGAAUUGAGACGUUACGGGUGCUGGUGCCCAGAGAGCAUAUCCAUGCAGCUACCCUCCUUCCGCAACCAUUUUCUGCUGCUGAACUGCAUUUGCAUGGAGGCCCUGCACGACUACCUCGCUCUGCGGGUCGACUCCAGACCUGAGGAACCUUCUUGUCUCACAAUAAAACAGUUAAUACACGAACUGAAAGAAGGUUUGGACAUGGCGGCGGAAACUCGUGCGUCCUUCGCACGUAACGUCGAGGCGGCGUUGCGCGGUUGGCCGAUGUCCGCCAGCACACGCAAGGAUCUCCUAAUGAUACUGAAAACUUUCGACGCCACAGUGGAGACAGCUACGCAGCUAUACCUUUCUUAUCUUCGCACUAUGUCGUUGCAAGAGUCUCUGACACGCGCUACGCUAUCCGCUGAAUGGAGUUUCGCGAUUCGCCUCGCUGCGCGUGCACCGUCCGCAAGGAAACUAGCGCCACCUGCGUUUGUGGAUAUCGCUUGCAACCAGCUGAACAGGAUCUUAAAACAGUACCAGGAAAAGUUUCAUAAUCUCAAAGAGGUCGAGUUGAACGAUAACUCCGAGGGAGAAAAUCAUAGAUACGUGGUAUAUCUGCUGUGUCGCGAAGCGCAGAGCAUAUACACCUGCUCCCGCGAGGCGACGCUGCAGGCUGCACAGUGGGCGCGAGCCCUCGCGGGCCGACUGCCGCCUCUCCAUUUGCGAUCAAAGCCACAAAUAUUCAAUAGUUUGAUGGCCCUGCGAAACUGCUUAGUGCAUCACACAAAGCACAUCCUGGAGAGGAGUCGCCUCCCCGCAGACGCUGACAUUUGCAAAGAGGCGCGGGACAACCUUAACGCCAGGGUGCGAGAACUGCUGUUGCAGAUCUAUAAGCUUGGCUUCGAGCUGCACACGGAAAUGCACAAAUUCGCGCAGGCGCCGUUCAAAUUGCAGCGUGAGAUGCGCGCACGACGCCUUCGCCCCUCCUCGCUGCAGCCAGCGCGCGCACGCAUCGAACCCGCCCUCCGACGAAAAAGACCCGAAACUGUUCUCAUUCACGAAUCUUUCAAUCCCAUGAUGCACAAGGAGCUACACAGAUUCGUAACGGACGCUCCGGUGUGUCGGCCAAUGACCCGACAGAGCGGUCCUGGUCCUCGGCGCAUCCGGCUCAUGCGGUCGGACAGCAUCGUCGAAGAGGGCGAAGGCAGUAUGUUGGAGGAUAUCUGCUUCAAAGAUACUUCAGCUCAAAAUAGCAUCGAGGCGCUCCUGUCGGGGACGGAGUCGCCGAAGCCAGAGCGAGCGGAGAGGAGCGAGGAGCCCACGCCAGAGGAAGCCGAAUGGGCCAAGCAGGUGGGGCGGGCCGUCAUCGAGUUCGCUCGCUGCUGGAUGGCCUUCGUCAUGGAGAGAUGUGACCGCGGCCGCGGACUGAGGCCCAGAUGGGCGAGCCAAGGUUUAGAGUUCCUAAUGUUGGCGUGUCAUCCCUAUAACACCAAGCAUUUGACCGACGAGGAAUUCGAGGAGUUGACGCAACUCAUGGACGGAUGUAUAUCACACGUGGUGGGGUCUCGACCCGCCGCUCGAGGAGACUCCGCCCUCUCGCCCACUCCGCCCCACAGACACCGACUAAGAUUGCACAGCCCAGUUCCGAACGCGAAUAGUAACCACAAGGAGGCGGCGCAGUCUCCCCCUGCCUCCAGCGAACCGGACUCCCUCCCGCCAGUCUUCCAAGUUCCGGAUACACCAGCUCACAGCAAACGCGUGCUAGAAGCAGUCCAAUCCCUGGACUCGGCUCGCGACUCGAAGCUUCGCGAUGAGAAGCGCGUGGGGCGAGUGCUGGAGGCGGCCGUGCACAGCUACGAGCCCAAGCUGCGGCAGCUCACGUUCAAAUGGCAGCGCGGUUUGAAAAUUGGCGCCGGAACCUUCGGCAAGGUGUACACAGUGGUCAAUACGGAAAGCGGUCAAGUGCUGGCGAUGAAGGAGCUGAGCAUAGGCGCAGGUGACAGGCGCGCUUUGCAGCGGGCAGCCAAUGAGCUGCGUGUGUUGGAGGGCGUCGUGCAUCCGCACCUCGUGCGCUACUACGGCUGUGAACUGCACCGAGAGGAGAUGCUGCUCUUCAUGGAGCUGUGCGUGGAAGGGUCGCUCGAGGCGCUGAUAGCGACGAGCGGCGCUCUGGCGGAGCAGACCACGCGCCGCUACACGAAGCAGCUGCUCAGCGCCGUCCAAGAGCUGCACUCGAGGUCCAUUGCCCAUCGCGACAUCAAAAGCGGAAACAUUUUUCUUACCAAUGAAGGCCACUGCUUAAAACUGGGUGAUUUCGGAUGCGCAGUCAAGAUCAGAGCCAAUACCACGGCCCCUGGAGAGCUACAAGGCUUUGUCGGGACACAAGCAUAUAUGGCACCCGAAGUGUUUAUGAAGUCGUCUGGUCACGGACGCAAAGCGGACAUUUGGUCACUCGGUAGCGUCGUCACGGAAAUGGCCUCCGGGAAGCGUCCUUUCUCAGAGUACGAUAGCAACUACCAGAUAAUGUUCGUAGUGGGCAUGGGAGGUCGGCCACACAUCCCCGACACAUUGUCAAAGGAAGGCCAAGACUUCUGUAUGUCCUGUCUUACACAUGACCCCGAGCAGCGGCCCGGCGCCGAAGAACUGGGCUUGCAUCACUUUUUAAUGGUAAAAUCUGACGAAUCCUGCGACAGCUGCGAAGGUGGUCAUAUGAUGAGAUGA